AUGCAGUACAAGAGUAUUGCCGCUGCCUUUGCUCUCUUCGCCGCCGCCGCCGCCAUGGCCAUACCAGCAGCUGCUCCAGCAGGUGUCGGUGCUCUUGAGGCUCGGAACUGGAACUGGAAGCAGCAGUACCCAGAUGUGAAGAAUUGGGUGGCCUAUAAGAAGCCAGAUGGAACAUGGUGCGAGCCAUACACAGAGCAGUACUCGUACUCCUACGCCUACUCUGUGAGCUCCUUCGUGAGCUACAGCUACAACACCAACCAUCCAAAGGCUCGCAACUGGGACUGGAAGCAGCAGUACCCAGACGUGAAGAGCUGGCUCGCCUACCCAAAGGACAACGGAAAGUAA